CAACGAUUAACCACCGAGCUUGCUUUGAUCCACCCAACGUAUAUUAUUCGAGCUGGCCGCAGUGUGGUGAGUGGCACCGACCAGACCAGUUCAGUUCAGCCUACUUUGAUUUGAUCGCGCGAAAAUGUUGGAAGUGAAUUUAUUCGCGGCUAUCGCCGUAGGAGCGCUCAUCCUAGCGCUUUACCAUAACAUAUCGAAGCGGUAUCAGUACUUCUUGACGAAACCUGUACCAUCCAUGAAGCCGACGUUCCUAGUGGGCAAUAGUGGUCCAAUAUUGACCCGGAAACGGGACAUCACCAGUCAUGUUCGAGAGAUAUAUAACAGUUACCCGGAUGCCAAGAUGGUGGGAUUCUACGAUCUGACGAAGCCGGUCUACAUGAUCCGUGAUGUGGAAAUCAUCAAGACCAUAACGGUGAAGGAUUUUGAACACUUCACCGAUCAUACACCGACGAUGACCGGCACGGGUGAAGAGGUCAGAGAAGACUCCCUGUUCGGAAACUCUUUAUUUGCCCUUCGAGGACAGAAGUGGCGGGACAUGCGGGCGACGCUGAGUCCGGCCUUCACCGGGAGCAAGAUGCGACACAUGUUCGAGCUGGUGGCGGAGUGCGGUCAAUCGAUGGCGGCGUUCUUGGUCUCGGAAGCGAAAACCGGCAAGAGGUUGGAGUUUGAGAUGAAGGACACUUUCGCGAGGUUCGGCAACGAUGUGAUCGCGACGGUGGCUUUUGGGAUCAAGGUGGACUCGAUGCGGGAUCGCGAAAACGACUUCUACAUGAAGGGAAAGCAAUUGCUGAACUUCCAGAGGCUGACGUUGUUGGUCAAAUUCUUGUUGAUGCGAGCCAUGCCAUCGUUAAUGGAGAAACUUGGAGCCGACUUUGUAGAUGCAGAAGCGGGUAAAUACUUCACGGAAAUGAUCUUGGAGAACAUGAAGCAACGCAAGGCGCAUGGAAUCGUUCGGAAUGACAUGAUUCAUAUGUUGAUGGAGGUUCGCAAGGGCGCGCUGAAGCAUGAAAAGGGAGAACAAGACACGAAGGAUGCGGGAUUUGCGACUGUAGAGGAAUCACAAGUCGGAAAAUCAACGCACUCGAGAAUCUGGAAGGAUAACGAGUUGGUUGCGCAGUGUUUCAUCUUCUUUUUGGCCGGGUUCGACACUCUGUCUACGGGUUUGACGUUCUUGACAUACGAAUUGGCACUCAAUCCGGAGAUACAGCAGCGCUUGUACGAAGAAGUUAUGGAAACCGAAUCGAACCUCGAUGGAAAGCCGCUGACCUACGAGGUGCUGCAGCAGAUGCAGUACAUGGACAUGGUCAUAUCCGAGAGUCUACGCAAGUGGCCCCCGGGCAUUGUGGGCGAUCGCUACUGUACCAAAGACUACCACUACAAGGACAGCACUGGAUCGUUCGUGAUCGAGAAGGGAAAGUCCGUCUGGAUUCCUGCAAUCGCUAUCCACAACGAUCCACGGUACUACUCCAAUCCGGAAAAGUUCGAUCCGGAACGGUUCAGCGAGGAGAACAAGUCGAAAAUCAACCCGGCCGCCUACAUACCGUUUGGGGCUGGGCCCAGAAAUUGCAUUGGAUCGCGGUUGGCACUGAUGGAGAUGAAGAUGAUCGUGUACUACCUGUUGCGUGAGUUCAGCUUCGAACCGACGGAGAAGACCCAGAUUCCGCUGCGGUUGACCAUGAGCGGAUUCACCCUGCAGGGUGAAAAGGGCGUUUGGUUGGAGUUCAAACCAAGAUCGCUGUGAGUGGAAGACUUUCCUACUUAGAAGUAAUUAAGAAGUAAUGAAAUUUAAUAUUUUAUCAGUUUUCUUUA